UGCGCAGGCGCAGCUUGUAGGCUGCCUGUCAGUGCCAUAGCAACCAGAGCAGACAUCAACCAUCAACAUGGCCAAAGCAACGACUGUGAGAGAAGCACUGGCCAAAUGGGAGGAGAAAUCAGGGGAAAAAGUGAGCGAUGCUAAAGCCAUAAAACUGUAUGGUCAGAUUCCUCCUAUAGAGAAGAUGGAUGCUUCUCUCUCCACACUAACCAACUGCGAGAAGCUGUCUCUGUCUACAAACUGCAUUGAGAAAAUAACAAAUCUCAAUGGCCUGAAGAACUUGAGGAUAUUGUCAUUAGGAAGAAAUAAUAUAAAGGCCCUCACUGGGCUGGAGGCAGUAGGGGACAAUUUAGAGGAGUUGUGGAUUUCUUAUAACUUGAUAGAGAAACUGAAGGGAAUCCAAUGCAUGAAGAAACUGAGAGUCCUCUACAUGUCGAACAAUCUGGUCAAAGAAUGGGGAGAGUUUGUGAGGCUAGCUGAACUGCCAUGCCUUGCAGACCUGGUGUUUGUUGGAAAUCCUCUGGAGGAGAAGCAUUCAGCUGAGGCAAACUGGAUGGAUGAAGCCUCUAAAAGACUACCUAAUCUGAAGAAACUAGAUGGAAUCCCAGUCAUCAAACAGGUAGAGGAUGAGGGAGAUGGAGAGAGCUGAGAAGCACGACUAUCUGCAAAACUACUCUUUUCCCUAAGAGUCUUCCCUUUUUUAAGUUUCGAAUGGUUUGUUAUGAUGCAUUUCUUUAUAUAAAACAAUUUUUUACAACAGCAUAGACUUUGCUGGAGAUCGACAAGCACAAAAUAACCAACAAAUACACAGAAUUUAUAUAUGUUAAAAAAUGUCGAGCAAAACAAAAAGGGAAAAUUUGCAAUACUUACAGCAAGUCUUGUGGGUUUGGAACCAGGAAGAUGUUUUGAUGAGAGCUUAUGCUGUAGGUGAAACUACAUGAUUUCAUAUUUCCUAAUGCUAUUUACAGCAUUAUGUUUUUUUUACUGUCAAACUAUGAAGGAUAUUGAAACUAAUUGUAAUGUUCUUGUUAACUAAAAAUUUACUGUGGAAAUUGGUGGUACCAUACCAUUUGUGGGCCAAAAACACAAACUUUACAAUUUUAUCAUAGAGUGCCCUUGAUGUCUAUGCCUCUCUAUGUUCUUCUAGCAAGACCUAAAGCACAGUGUAGUACGCACACACACACACACACACACACACACACACAAAAUUGAGCAGAACAAUUUGUGCGGACCAGAUGUUGAUCAGGUAAUAUUAUUAGGUCCAUGUCCCUGGACCUUCUCUAGCCUAAAAGGAGUUGGCUGUAAAUACCUAACACUGUCCCUCCCACCAUAACAUCACCAUGUAGAGCUGGCCAAAUAAAGCUAAAGAGUAGAUGUGUUAUGCCACAUUUAUAUCACAUUGGACUAGGAAGUGGAACACUUAGUGGUUAGAAAAAGUGAUUUGGAGUGAUACAUUUUAGUGUCAACCAUAAAUGAAAAGUCCAGCAAACAGUUGCAUCUUGCCGUGGUACUUAACAGCAUACCGCUUUUCCUAGUUAUUAUCGGAAUUCAGGAAUUCACUGAAAUCAGGGCCUAUUGCCAGCCACAGACUUCUCAGGUAGUUAGAAAGUUAGUAUGUACUGUACUUCUUAUGUGGCAUGAAGGGACCAUUGCUUGCUACAUUGCAGCAGCCUUUGGGCAGGACUGUGGAGUCAACAUAGCUGAGAGUGAAAACGUACAUGACCAAAUACACGUCCACAGCUUUGUUUGGUACUGUGUUGUCUGAGUUCUUCCUGACUAUAUAAUACUGAGGUCAUGUAGUGUACUGUCAGUUGUAGGUUCAUUUUGGAUCUGCACAUUUCCACAUUGUUCCUGUUCUUUCCGAUGUGAUACUAAGGUUAAUGCGUGUAGCAUGUCCAGACCAGUGUCUGUGUAAAAUUAUUUUCAUGUUUUUAAUCAUUUUAAGCAUGUUUGUGUAUACAAGUGUAAGAUGUUUAUGGUUUUUAAAUUAUUUUAAUAGUUUAAAUAAAUACAAUUGAAGUUAUAA